AUGUCGCUUAAAAGGAAAUUGACACAAGACGAUUUACGCAAAGCUAUGACUGAACACAAAAAGAAGAUAGGAACUGUCAAAAAAAUUGAAUCGCCGCUAGCAAAAUAUCCUUUUUACUACGAUUUGACAUAUUUUGAGGUUAAAAAAUUUUUUUUUAAUAUUUUUGAAAAAUCCUUAACCAAAGUAAACACAUAUACAGAUGCGGGACAGCUAAUGUGUGUUUUAUGCAAAACCAUUAUACGCAGCGAAACAGUUUGGCCAGUGCAUUUAAAUUCAAAGACUCAUAAAGAAAAUAUUGCCUUGGCAAAAAAGACAAAACUAGAAACAGAUGCUACGAAAGUUCAAGCAUUUAAAAGGCCUAUGUCUCCGUCGCAAGAAUCAUCAACAAAUAAAAAAAUAAAGAGUAUAUUAAAAAAUUCCACAACACAGUCAGUGCAAGUUUCAUCAAAUUUACCAGCUGACUUUUUUGAUAAUCCUUCUAAACAAGUCAAUGGCACAGUCUCGUCAAGUACAUCUAUGAUAACACAGGGGUCAGAGAAUGAUAAAGAACCUGUACAUGAAAAAGAUCUGAAAAAUGUAGAAGUAGAGGAGGAAAAAGAGAAAGAUAGAAACAAAGAUACAAAUCAACCACCUCUUCCAGAAGGAUUUUUUGAUGAUCCAGUCUUAGACGCUAAAGUUCGUAACGUUGAAUAUAAAAAUCCUAUUGAAGAGGAAUGGGAAAAGUUUCAAAAAGAAAUAAAAGAGGAAACGGCACAGUCUGCGCAAAUCAUUGCAGACGAUCAAGAAGAAGCAACAACAGAAAGGCAAUUAGAUGAGAUAGAGGAACAAAUAAGGCACUGGUCUAGGGUAAUGGAUCUUGUAAAGCGUAAAGAACAAGUACAGGCUACUGAUAGAAAACAAAAAAACGCAGACGAAGAUAUUUCCAGCAGUGACGAAGCCGAAUUCGAUGAAUUUCUCGAUUGGAGGGCCAAAAAUUCUUAUAAAUGA